AUGGCGGCUAAAACAUGCAAACAUGCUCGUACUGCCCGGCAACGUCGUCGAAAUUUGGAUGCUACAUACGAGGAGCCAGACAUAGUUACUGCCACUCCAGAGGCUCCUGCACUUCCAACAGUUCAAGUUGUUCAAAAGAAGGCAGCAACAACGUGCAGGCGAGCGGGACCGCAGGUGAGCCCCGAGAUGGAGAAGCAACUCGAUCUAUUCGUCGAUACGUUCACUACGUUAGGAGUAGAAGGUCUUCGAAAACAGUUCAGAGAUGAACUCAUGACUUAUCGACCACCAGCCGACAAGUAUAGAUUUCGAGCGUUUGCAGCGCAUCCGGAUAAGAACAGAUAUAUGGAUGUCGUGUGCUUGGAUGAUACGAGGGUUCAUUUGAGAUUAAACGUGCCACCUGCUACCGAUUACAUUCAUGCCAAUUGGAUCAGAUUCGAAGGUCACGACAAAGUAUUUAUAGCUACUCAGUUUCUGGAAGAUGGCAAAGUGAAAUGUUCUCAAUAUUGGCCCAUGGAAACGGGGAAGUAUCACACAUUUGGCAAAAUGUUCGUGAAUACAAAAAAGGUCGAAUCAGAGGGGAAAUUCUUGGUUUACACAGUAGAAGUCCUACCAGAAGGUUGUUCAAAUUCGAAUAUAGUGAAGGUGGUGCACAUGACCAGUUGGCCAGACCGCGGCCUCCCGAUGAGUGGACGGCACGUCUUGCGAGUGAUCCGUCAAGUCAGCGGCGAUAAAUUGGACAAUGGUCCCAUCGUGAUGCAUUGUUCCGCUGGAAUUGGCCGAACCGGCACCAUCAUUCUGAUCGAUGUCAUUCUCAGACGAUUAUUCAGUCGCAAAGAUGUUGAUGUGAGUACGCCAACUGGUGGACCUUUCAAAAAGUUACGAAAUCAGCGAGCAUCGUGUAUUCAAUUAGAAGGACAGUAUGUAUUCGUUAUACUCAGCGUACUCGAUUACAUAAAGAUUAAAUGCCCUAAGUACAAAGAACGAGUUAACAAGUAUAUAGAAGACUUUCGAAAUGCUAUGCUGGCUUCUUAA